UGCGGCUGCAUAAUAAGUUUCGUAAAGUGUUUCGUCGAAUUAUCGAAAAAAUAUCGUGUCAAAUGUGAUAAAUAUUCUAGAAUUAGGUUUUAUUAAAGCGGAUUCAAUAAAUUUGCCUAAGGUUGACAUAUUUAUGGUGACUGAAUUUAUAAAACAAAGUGACAAGUUCAAUGCUGCUGAGGUUAGAAAUGCAAAAGCCGCAAUGUCAUUACGAGAAUCAUAUGGUGAUCAGGCAAUAGAUUAUGUAUGUCUCAAAAGAAAAGAAUCUUUGGGAACAUGUAUUAUACAUGUACAAUGCAAGGUAUGUCCAGAACAUCGUAUUCGUAAUAAAGGAUACUCGGUUACAAUGACCAUUGAUGAAAAAGAUGAAAAGGUGAUUGAUGUCCAAUAUGACAAUUGUGUAUCAAACGGAGGCUGCAAACAUGCGAUUGCCUUUUUAAUGUGGAUUCAUAGGAAGUCAGAGAAUCCUUCCGUUCACAGAAGUAGAAUGUUAUUGGCGUCGCUCUUCUUUGGCUUCCGUUGACACAGCAAAAAAAUACAUUGAAUUAAAGGAAUUGGGAAAAAUUAAUGUUGUGGAUGUACAUUUACCAAACAAUUCGUCGUUUUUAAAAGCUGUAGUCGAUAAAGCAAAAGAGAAACAAUCAACUCUCUAAGCACAAUUUUAUAUUAGAAAGCGAAAUAUACAAAUCUCUGUUAAUACACCAAUUAUUAUCAAAUUUUUGCGAAAAAGGAGGUUCCUUUGUGGAUGAUUUUUUGGAAUAUGCCAGUAAAGAGAUGUUAAAGGAUUUAAUUUUUCUGGCAUAUGACAGAAAAAUUAACCAGAUUCCAAAGUGAUACUUUAAUUUGGCAUGAACUCUGAUA